CGCUUCCUUCGACUCCAAUUCAUCUCCUCCAUUCCAAACCCCCAAACCCGCCAAACUGCCCUCACGUUGUCCAGAUGGAAUCGUACUGGCUUAACGCGCGUCAAACUCAUGAAGUCCGCUCGAGAUGCAAUUUUGUCAAUGCACAUCGAGUUACACAACCCAAGCCGCCGAUUCCAGUGUCGACUCGCCCUCCUCGCCAGCAUCUUUCGCCUUGAGCAUCCCAUCUCGCACCACGCCUUCCCCACAGUUCUCCGAUUCCGAUUUUCCGCGAGGAAUGUCGUCUCGACCGCCUCAUUGGGAUCUGGACCCCCGCAGUACGUCGCAGCUUCGAUCCCGUAUCGGGUGCCUCUCAAGCUUGCCGCGCUCGGAUCUACUGUGGUCAACUUCUUGUCCAGCAGGGCAAGCCAGUCCCACGGAGGCGAAUUGGUCUCGGAACUUAACCCUAAGUAUUCUUUUGGUUCACAAGUAUUGCGCUUUUACAGUCAUUUGGCAACCGCCUUUCACGCCCGCGCUGUCCGACGAGCCGAGUUGCUGCUGGCCGCUGAAAAGUGGUGCAGCCGAGGCUCCGGUGACGGCAUGGGCCGACCGGCGGCAUCCGAGCCCCAGUCACCUGUCAUGGGUGGGCGACUGUCCCUUCCCAUGAGUCCACACGGUAAGCGCCUCUGGCCCGAGGCCGCUCGUCGGGUUGGGACACUGGAUCUGGUACUCUGGUCACGAUGGAUUGUCGGUGGUGGUGUUGUCUGGACGACCGGGUUCGGCGGAUACGUUCUGGCAGCUCGUCUGCUUGGCAUGCUCCUUUCUGGCCGUCUUCCCUCGGAGCAGCCUCGGAAUGAGAGGGAGAGCGUAGCCUCAGCUCCACACGGUCAUCCAGGACAUUUCUCCCCUUCCCGUCUGCAGCUCGCCUCGAUGGAAUCACCCUCGGGUGAGCGAGGGUUGCCAGACUACAUACGGAUAUGUCCAACGGAUGAUACCCCUUCCCGCCCUGCUGCCACGCUCUCGGUACCCUCGACUUCCACCCCUUCUCUUUGCAUGCGUAUCCGACGACCCGCGACUCCGCCGACUCCCACGGACCGCGCUGCGGCGAAACCUGCCCCACGCGUCAUGGAACAAAAACCAUGUGGUCCGACCAGGCGCAUUAACUCGUCCUCGUAGGCCCUGCCCUACGUCCGGCGAGACGCCAAAGCCUCAGUGUCUCUGACACACCCUGCCUCCGCCGGGCCUGAAAGACGGUACGGGUAGGAGAUGAUAGCACGGUUUUUUGAGGAUGUCUUUUGUCCGUGCGGUACCUGCCGUCCUUGUCCCCCCCGUCUU